CGCGUCAUCAGGCCGCGCCCCCUGCUCGCUCUCCCUGCUCCGGUGUGGUGUCACCUUGGGGGUCUCUCCGGUCAGACGGCGACAAGAUGGCAGAGAGAGGGAAACAGAGGACCUCCCCCAAGGCCAUAAAGUUCCUGUUCGGGGGGCUGGCAGGAAUGGGAGCCACGGUCUUCGUUCAACCCCUUGAUUUGGUGAAGAAUCGAAUGCAACUCAGUGGAGAAGGAGCGAAGACUAAGGAAUAUAAAACCAGUUUCCAUGCUGUUGGCAGCAUUCUGAGAAAUGAGGGUCUGCGGGGCAUCUACACAGGGUUAUCUGCAGGGCUGCUUCGCCAGGCUACAUACACCACCACGCGUCUGGGUAUUUACACAAUAUUAUUUGAGAAGCUGACAAAGGCAGAUGGAACGCCCCCCAAUUUCCUAAUGAAGGCAGCUAUUGGAAUGACAGCCGGUGCCACUGGAGCGUUUGUAGGGACGCCAGCUGAAGUUGCUCUUAUCCGAAUGACAGCUGAUGGAAGGUUACCUAUUGAUCAGAGGCGAGGGUACAGCAAUGUGUUCAAUGCCCUACUUAGAAUUUUCAGAGAAGAAGGAGUAACCACGUUAUGGAGGGGCUGUGUCCCUACGAUGGCCCGUGCAGUGGUUGUUAAUGCAGCUCAGCUGGCAUCCUACUCCCAAUCAAAACAGUUCCUGUUGGACUCAGGAUACUUUGGGGAUGACAUCCUGUGCCAUUUCUGUGCCAGUAUGAUCAGCGGACUGGUCACCACUGCAGCCUCCAUGCCGGUCGACAUCGCAAAGACCAGGAUACAGAAUAUGAGGAUGAUCAACGGGAAACCAGAAUAUAAGAGUGGAUUGGAUGUCCUUUUGAAGGUCGUGCGAUACGAGGGAUUUUUCAGCCUCUGGAAAGGUUUCACUCCGUACUAUGCCCGGCUCGGACCUCACACCGUGCUCACCUUUAUCUUCCUAGAACAAAUGAACAAAUACUACAAGCAGUUUUUCCUGAGCGGGUGAUGGGCUGACGGAUCAAAAACACUCCUUAGACAAUCCCAGCACCCCUUACCCAGGAGCAGGGCUGGCAACAGUUCCCCAAGCUGCCGCAGUAUGCAAUAUCUCGUAGCGCCUGGUCCCGCUCCCUCUGGUGUUUAACCCUAUGAGUGCUGGCUGGGCAGUGCAACAUAUUGCUUGACAUGAAAUGGGCUCCUUUAGUGUUUAAUGGAAGCAGGUCAAGGGGCGUCUUAUAUUCCACAUAUAUACUGCUAUAUACAAUAUUUGUGUAUCUGUAUAUGUGGCUAUGUAAACAAAUGAAACGGUUUGAGAUUUUUCUUCCUUCCCCAGUAGGAAUGAAGACCUUUUUUUCCGUAUUAUAGCCCAUAAUCAUACUGACAUGACUUCACAGUGUUUCUACUACAUAUUGUGUUGUUUUAAUGCGUUCCAAAAAUAAGGAAAUCACCGUCUAUAUUAAAUACAUUUAAAUUUGCUGAAACCCUAAAUCUCUAUUAUCUCCUUCUAUCCCCAAGCAGUGGUUCCAACCUUUAACACGGUGCUUUUUGUUAUUUAAUUAUUAUAAUAUUAUUGUUCGAGAAUGUGGCAUGGGUUCUUAAUGACUGUAUUUUAAAGUUGUAACUUCGCAGUUGAGGAGGGAGUAAAUAGUGAAAUGGAGCAUUUCUCAAUUCAAGCCGUCAAGAUGACAUACAAUAUUAUAUGCGUGUCUUUCAUAUUCUUCUUCGCUGGUAAAUGGGACGGGGUUUAGGAGAACAGGUAAAACCAUAAUGGAAAUUAUUUAUCAUGUAAUCCAUGGGAACGUAGAGAGUAUUUCAGAUGAGGGUUGAAAUUUGUAGAAUUGUAAAAUGGUUUAGUUAAUAAUUAGAUACCAAAGAGCAGCGCCAGUUUUCACCAUAUUACGACCGGUGUGUAAAUUGGAGAUCAUUGUAAACGUACGAUUCCCAGAUUGACAACACGCCGGUCAGGCAAGGCUAGUGAAUAAGCAGCUGUUAUUUAGUGAUUUCGUUGUGUGGCUCCUAUCACCGAUAUCGAACGAUCAUGUUGUAGUGUACAUUAUAUAAACAGCACUUGUGGUUUGUGUGCUUCAACCAUUUAUGGCUGAUGCAUAAAAUCAAAAUUCUGGCCAUAAAAAUAUCACAGCAAUAAAUGGAUUCUGAUGCCCA